GCCUCGACAGCGCUCACAUGCAGGCGUUCGAGCUAGUCGUCCCGAACGGCGCCGUUGCGGGGCAGACCAUUCAAGCCGUCACCCCGAACGGCCCAGUGCAGGUCGCUGUCCCUGCCGGUUUGGCCGCUGGCGACAGGUUUCAGGUCCAGCUGCCGCCGAGUGACGAAGCGGCCAAGGCGGCGGCGAGCGCCCUCUCGCAGCUGGGCAACCUGGGCCGCAGCGUCACCUUCGGUCUGAGCAGCAGCAGCAUCUCCGGGGCAGACGGCUUGAUCGACCAGAGCGUCGCUGGCGAGAUGCCCGUCACCUCUGGCGAGCCCGGCGUCGCCGCGGGCCCGGAUGUGAUGAAGCUCCGCUUCCAGUCUUCCAAGCGCGGCAGGCACCUGCACGCAGAGCUUGUCACACCCGACGGCACCAGGAUCGCCGUCCUGGACAUGGGCGAGGUCCCAAAGUCGACGCCAGGAGCUCUCUUCGGCUCCGCCAUCGGCGGCUACUCCACCGCGUUCCAGCCGCCGCCUCCCGUCCAGCUGAGCGUCCUCGGCCAGGCGUACGGGACCUACACCUGCACGAGCCUCAUGAACUGCGGGGUCCAGGCUGGCGCGCGGUGGCAACGCAGAGACGGCACCGGCGGCGCGAUGAUCGCAGAGCCUGAGAGAGUCGGCUGCUGCACCACGGCGCCGCAGUCCAUCUCUCGCAAGAAGAGUGCGCUCGGCAAGAAGGAGGUGCCGUUCACUGCGACGUUUGAUGCCGAGAAGGGCCACCCGGCCGAGACUACGAUGGUCCACGCCGUGACCGACAGCAGCGCAGGCAAGGUGCCGCAGUUCAUCGCGACCAACGUGCGGCAGGUGGUGGUCGAGCUUGACAAGAUCACCGACCCGCACAAGAAGCUCGAUUGCAUCUUGAUUGGCGCCACACUCGCGGCGCUGAACGUCACGACGGGCAUUCCCUCCAGCGGCGGCGGCGGCUGACUGAACGGGCGCGCAAGUCAUGUUACCGACUGAGCAGCGCACGAGAGCUUUAGGGCCGCCAACUCGUACUUUGCAGU